UCCUACAAAGCUGGGGAUGAACUAGUUUCACUGUGGAUCUCGUUUCUUCACCGACUUCGCGAACUCUUAUUCGUUUUCUCUUUCUCUCUCUCUCGAGCUCGCCUGAAUGAUCCUCGCCGGCAACCAAUUGGAACCCUAAUUCCUCACCGAUUCCAAGAUCUCCUCCGUUUCAUUGCCUCUCGCAAAGCCUAGAUCCGUCCCCGGAUCUCAUCGUCUGGCGGCGGCUGUUUGAUUUCUCGUCACGAAGCCUGAUUCGCUUGUUUUCGUGGUUUGGAUACUGCUUGAUCAUGAGUUUUGCGCAUUGUGGAUGAUGCUGCGGGUUGUUUGUGAAGAGAUGGUUGUGGAUCCCUCGCGGAAUGCGAAAUCUUCGUCUUUGUAGUUGUUGGAGAGUUGGGAUCUGAGGCUUGAGAUCCAAGGCUUGUCGAGAAGGAGGAGCUGGCGAGAUGAUCAUCAACAAACAGCUUCUGUUGACUUAUCUCUAUCUGCUCAUUUACAUAUGUCUGUCCUCUGGUGUCAUUUUGUACAACAAGUGGGUCCUCUCACCAAAAUAUUUUAAAUUUCCCUAUCCUAUUACACUGACCAUGAUUCACAUGGGAUUUUCUGCUGCAGUAGCGGUAAUUUUGGUUCGUGUUUUAAAGGUUGUAGCCCCUGUGAAGAUGACUUUUCAAAUAUAUAUGACAUGUGUGGUUCCAAUUAGUGCCUUCUUUGCAUCAAGCCUUUGGUUUGGUAACACCGCUUACUUGUAUAUUUCUGUUGCUUUUAUACAGAUGCUUAAGGCCCUGAUGCCUGUGGCAACAUUCCUCAUGGCUGUUAUAUGUGGUACUGACAAACUUAGUUGGGCUGUGUUCAUGAACAUGCUGCUUGUCAGUGUUGGUGUUGUAAUUUCUUCGUAUGGAGAAAUUCAUUUCAACAUUAUUGGAACACUUUACCAGGUGACGGGAAUAUUGGCUGAAGCUCUUAGGCUUGUCUUAACUCAAGUUCUCCUUCAGAAAAAGGGAUUAGCUUUAAAUCCCAUCACUAGUCUAUAUUACAUUGCCCCCUGCAGUUGCUUCUUUCUAUUUGUACCCUGGUAUUUGCUGGAGAAGCCGGGGAUGGAUCCCUCACAGAUAACAUUCAAUUUUUGGAUAUUUUUCUCUAAUGCCGUUUGUGCAUUAGCCUUGAACUUUUCUAUUUUCCUAGUCAUUGGAAGAACUGGUGCAGUCACCAUACGUGUUGCCGGAGUUUUGAAGGAUUGGAUACUGAUUGCUCUUUCAACAGUUAUAUUUCCUGAAUCAGCUAUCACUGGUCUUAAUAUCAUCGGCUAUGCCAUUGCUCUUUGUGGAGUUGUGAUGUACAACUAUUUGAAGGUCAAGGAUGUCCGUGCGUCAGAUCAACUUCCAGUGGAAAAUAUUCCCGAAAGAGCAGUAAAGGAUUGGAAACUAGAUAAGAAAUCAUCUGACAUAUACAACGACGAUGACAAUAAAGUCGGUAACAACACUGGAAAUAUCAGUGGAAGCGCUCAUUCAGAAGUAAUCACAGAUGAAGAAGCACCUCUGCUUCCAUCUUCAAAGCUUUCAUACAUCGGCCGGACUCAACUCAGCAGCCACAACGCGUAACCAUGAAUGAAGAUUCUUUUCGUUCCUAUGUUCUCCCAAGUAGUUUUCAGAGCUCACUGGAUUUCAAGCCUGGUUCUACAAGAGAUCCCAUUUUUGGCAGAGAAAAAAUUCAAUGCCUUUGUCUUGCUCCUCCAGGUUCAUCCAUUUCCAACACUGAAACUCUUGAUAUACUAUACAUAAUGAUUCAUUGUAGAAGUUUAGAUUCUAUAAUUUCUCUUCUUUCCUUUCAUGAAAUUUUCAUAUAGCAUUUUUUUUGUUUGCAUAGGCCAAUUACUUAGCCAAACAAUUAUGGAUUUGGAUUAUUAUUAUUAUUAUUAUUAUUUUGACUAUUUGCUGAGGUCAACGCAAAGUCAAAGGGAUGACCACCGACACAAUCUUAAUCACAUUUUUAUAUGUCACGAUUGUUGUAAGCCUCUGAAAUUUAGUCGGUGGAUCUAGGAAAUUAAUAAGCAAGUUAGAAGGACAUGGUCAAGGACAAAGUUUUGGUGAACCUUGAAUUAUAGAUUGGGGUUGAGGCUGACGUGGAUUUUGUUGGAUUAAA